UUAGUUUAUGGUCUCUUCUUGGUUUCAUAUAACAGCGUGCCUUGAUUCAUGGGAUCCCUGUGCCGCUUGGCUAACGGGAACUGAGUCCUGACUUCAAAGGAACGCCUGUCGCAUUUCGUGAAAUAUUCUUAAAAUGGCUUCCAUCGUCGGCAGACGGCGAUUUCUCCAAAGAUUGUCAAAAUGUAAAAAAGAGACUUUGAAAACCCUCCUUAGAUAUGCCUCGACAUCAACUUCACAGAGUACCUUACAAUAUUGCGUGAAUUUAGUAAGGCGAAUAGACUAUGAGAAUUUCCUCUGUUCCUUAUUGAUUCCGAAGAGCUCAAGGAAUUCUGUGUUGUCGAUAAGAGCGUUCAAUGCUGAACUUGCACAGGUUAGAGAUUCAGUGAGUGAAAGAGACAUUGGUAGAAUGAGAAUGCAGUUUUGGAAAGAUACUCUUCAAAGCAUAUACAAGGGAUCUGCACCACAGCACCCAGUUGCUCUUGAAUUGGCAAAGGCCGUGGAAAAGCAUAAGUUAUCCAAAAUGUGGUUUACAAGGAUGAUUGAAGCUAGGGAAAGUAACUUAGAUGAAAGAGCAUAUCCAAACACCAAAUCACUUGAGACAUAUGCUGAAAACUCAGCGUCUUCUGUGCUUUACCUUACACUUGAAUCAUUAGGCGUCAAAGACGUGAAUGCGGACCAUGCUGCUAGCCAUGUGGGAAAAGCUUUUGGAAUAGUUACACUACUGAGGGCAACUCCUUACCAUGGAAACAGAGGAAAAGUGUUAUUGCCAAAUGACAUACUGAUCAAGCAUGGUGUGUCACACCAAGAUAUCAUCCGUGGCAGCACCUCACAACCAGUGAAGGAUGCAGGAUUUGAGCUGGCAAGCCUGGCAAAUACACAUCUUAAUAUGGCAAGAGCUCUAAAGUCAAAGUUACCAAAAGCAGCGCUUCGUGCACUACUACCUGCGGUUUCCUGCCAGGAAUAUCUGAAUCACAUACAAAGAGCUGAUUUUGACCUGUUCCAUCCAACUCUACGAGAGAGAAACCAAUUGCUUCCUUUAUCACUUAUACGUCAUGCAUGGACAAGGAAGUAUUGAAAUUAAAUUAUUAUUUUAAUGA